CCUUGUCCUACUGGAUCUCGUCCACUUCUACGACCAGACGGCGAACCAAGAAAAUGUCUACCUCAUCAGAACAGACUGUGCGUGAACGCACUUCCGGAUAGGCCGAACGCCUCAACCGUAUGCUGUUUCCAUAAUAAAGUGGACUAUUUCUGUUGCUUAGAUACUACAGCCGAACAGUGUCCUGACUACCAACAUGUCACCGUUGUAAUUCACAACUCAUUCCCUCAAAAUCCAUUCGCACUGAAGUCCUUCUUCUUCCGUGAAGGUAUUGAGGACGAAGUUGUCGAUGCUACUAUUGGUGGAUCCCUUGGCAGAGGAGCAGAUAAUGGAAUCCGACAAGAAGAUGGUUUCCUUGUUAGAAAUAAUUAA